CUCCCGUCUCCUCUGGACUUCUGAAGAGGAAAGGCAGCUCCCACAAGAUGCAGAUUCUCCUGCUUGCUCUUACAAUCGGGCUCGCGUACGCCCAUCAGACCUUGGACCCUUCGGAGAUCAAUGGUCAAUGGCAUACCAUCUCCAUAGCUGCUGACAAUGUGGAGAAGAUCGGAGAGGGUGGACCCCUGAGAGGCUAUUUCCACAAUCUACAUUGUUAUGAUGGGUGCAAAAACAUCGGCCUCACAUUUUAUGUCAAGUUGGAUGGCAACUGCCAAAGGUUUGAUGUGCUUGGUGCAAAGCAGGAAGACUCAGAUGUUUACGUCGCUCAGUACUCGGGCACAAACCAUUUUGAAGUGAUUGGUAAGAAGGAGGAUGCCAUAGCAUUCUAUAACCACAAUACAGAUGAGACGGGGAAGGAAACAAAAAUGAUCGUAGUUGUUGCAAGAAGAGACAGCCUCACAGAGGAGGAACAGCAGAAGCUGCAGGAGGUGGCUGGGGAAAAGGGCAUUCCAAAGGAUAACAUCCGCUACUUCAGAGAAAGAGAUACUUGUGCACAGUAAAGAUGUUGCUUG